AUGGCCAUAUACUCCUUCUGGAUCUUUGACAAACACUGCAACUGCAUCUUCGAUAGGGAAUGGACACUGCAAGCUGAUAGCUCUAGCGGGACUACAAACUCCAAGCAGAAUGAGGAUACUGCGAAACUGAUCUACGGGAUAAUCUUCUCAUUGCAGUCUAUUUCAACGCGGAUAGGGUCGCAGAGUAACUCUGUGAAGACCAUCUCGACGGGGAAGUACCGCAUCCAUCUGUUGACGACCCCCACUGGACUGCGGUUCGUGCUUUUCAGCGACCUGAACCAUCAGGACCUGGCCCACGUGCUGCAGUAUCUGUACGGCGAGGUGUAUGUACGUUAUGUGGCUCGCAACAUGCUGUCGCCUGUAGAUUUCGCAGAGAGCGCAAGUGAGACGAGGGGGCAGGGCUUCCGCAAGAUCAACAACCGGAACUUCCUGAGUGCUGUAGAACGGUUUCUGGGGCCAAUGCUAGGCCAAUGA